AUGGCAUCCGACGAUGGCCACUAUCCCCGUUCGCCGCCCCGGUAUCUCCGUUCUUCCCUCCGAAAAAGAAUUGCCCGCCUUCGUUCUCCGAUACUCAAUCAACUGAACCCUCCACAUUAUCGACGCAUUUCAGAUACUGUGGUAUCUAGAGUCGGAAAGUUUCACACCUCCACUCGUCGAUCCGAAAACAUAAUCUCACCCGCCAUCAUGUCUGUUGCAUCCUUGAACCGUGAGACUGCCUUCCAGGCACGCUCUUUGGUAAGUAAUCGGAUUUGGAUAUGUGUGCAUCGCAUCGGUCGGGCGCGCUUAUAUUGGCAGCAUCAGACUAACGUGCUGUGCUUUCAGUUCCGCUCCCUGCUGCGAUAUUCCGGCCAGUUUUCCAACUACAAUUUCCGAGAGUAUGCUCGCCGAAAGACAAGGGACUCCUUCCGCGAGAACCAGAAUGCGACAGAGGAACGCCGGGUACAAGAAUUGAUGCAAGAGGGUUUGCAGAGCUUGCGGUUGAUGAAGAGACAAACAAUCAUCAGUCAGUUCUUCCAGCUGGACAAGUUGGUUGUGGAAGGCCAAAAGACCGGCAAGGAGACUGGAGACCAUGGAGAUAUUGUUCGUCAGAAGGACGCUGGGGCGUCGCGCUCAGGGCGACACCUCGACGGGGGGCCCAACCGCACUCGAACCGGCCAGAUUGACCACGAUGUCUUUGAGGGCUUGCCAGUACGGCGGUGGUCCAAACAAACGCACACAUUCUCCCAGGCGCCUAAGCCCGAUGACUCUGAAUUCGGUGUUCAAGGCCCAGGUGGAGGGCCAACGUUGCCAGAGCUUCCCAUGCCACGAGACAGCGGGCUCUUGCCGCCUACCAGUCGCGCACUUCUUCGCGCAGCCCGCGCUGGAUGCAAUCAUAUUCGCCAAGGCGUACGGCCCACCGAUGAAGAAGAGCACAAUGCAGUCGACCCCGAGGAUCCGACCGCAUCUUCAAACAUGGCCGAUCGCAGCUUUACGACACGCAAAUGGAUGGCUGUUCCUAAGCACUUAGAGGCAGUGGAAGUGGAAUUCUUGGCCAAGCGGCGGCCUGGUCUACCAUCCCUCUACGGGGCUGCUGCUGGCAUUGACGGAACCACCGCGGCAUCCGGGCCUAUGAGAAGAACCAAGUUCAAAAAAGUUGAUCCAGAGACUGGCAACAUCUCCAUCUACGAAGCUUGGGUACCAGAGGGCCAUCGCAUUGAAGGAGAGAUUACUGGUGACGUGCAGACAAUUGUUGAGCAGAGUGACGUCCCUGUUAAGCCAGAGGCCCCUGCUCCCGGAACGAUUGUUGAGGGUGUGGGCAUCGUCAACGCCGAGGGUGUUGUCGUUGCGGAAGCUGGCUCAGCUGCUGUGAUGACACCUCCAAAGAGACGCCCGCCCCCUCCCAAACGCAAGGGCAAGGGCAUUGGUAAAGGCCGGAAGAAGAAGGUUAUGUUCGCUCCCGGUGAAGGGGCCGAUGCCGUAACAGUCCACGGAGUGGGCUCUGGCCCAGGCGCAAAUGGAACUGUUCAGGACGGACAGGGCCAACGGGAUGGGUCCCAGAUGUCUGUUGAUCAAUCAGGCCAAGACGAAGACGAGGACGACGGUGAUGAAGGUGACGAGAGUGAUGAGGGUGAUGAGUCUAUGAUGGACGCCAAGACCCCCGAGACCCCCCAGCCUCCGUCUGGUGCAGAGUCUGCGGAGCAACCCUCGAUGGAGACACCUGCUGGGCAGUCUGUUGAUGCCGAUGUCGACAUGACAGAUGAUAUUCCCGAUGUCGCACCCGAGCCAUCUCUAUCGGCCGGAAAUGACACACCGUCACAACCCCAGGCCGAGAACGAGACAACUCAGCCUCAACCCGUUGUCGAGGAGGGUAUCGAUGUAACAGUCACUGAUGCUCCUACAGAAAAGCUUGAAGAGGAGGAAAAACCCACAAUUUCGGAAAUUGACCAGGCACCCACCUCUCCUCCUCGAGAGACCACGACAAAGAAUGAAUCUCCCCAGCCUUCAGCUGAAGCUGGUGAAGCCCAAGGCUCUGAAGCUCAACCACAAGAAGGCAAUGUCACAGAACCCAUCGCCGAGCCCGUUGCCAAAGAAGAGUCCGACUUGCCCAGUCAAAAGGAGACUGCGAUUGCGCCGUCGCCAUCUGUGGAUUCCGAACAACCCUCGAAUCCACACCCUUUGGAGCAACCACAAACGGUUGAAGAGUCAACAGAAAAAGUCGCCGAAUCAGAAUCAAUCCCUGAAUCGGCUCCUGUGUCAGCUGAACCACAAAUACCCCAAAAGAGUUCAAGCGAGCAAAUAGACCAGCCCAGCACACAAGAGCCUCCAGAAUCUUCCCAGCCCGCUCAAAUUGAUCCCGCGGGGGGUCCAGAGGUUGAAACGAACGUGGGUGAUGCAAUCCAGCCAGAAACGAAAGACCCCCCAGUGCCGGAACCGCCCACAGCGCCAGAGUCACAGCCUGCCGCACCUUCAGAUUCACAUUUACCACCACCAGUAGCAGCGGAGACCCCACAGGCUGAACCAGCCCCAGCUACUGAACCCACAACUGUAUCUCCUCCCACUUCUGCAGACCCCGUUCCCACGAAAGAACCCACUCCGACUUUACACGAGCAGGCCGAGCCGUCAGCAGGAUCAGAAGCCCCAGAUCAGCCAUCAACUGGCGGUGAAUCAGAGAAGAAGGACGAGGCUGUCUGA